AUGUCUCCCAAGGUCACAAUAACACAUUUAUCCGACUUAACGCCGCCUUCCCAAGAACGAACCUGGCUCACAGCCCCGCAUCCCACUCUCCCAAUUGUCGCAACCUGCAGUUCAGACAAGACCAUCCGAGUCUACUCCCUCACAAACUUCACUCUUCUCUCCACAAUUACCGGGGGCCAUAAGCGCUCCGUUCGCACAGCAGCAUGGAAACCACACAUGACGGGGGAGUCCGUCCUGGCGACGGGUAGUUUCGACGCAACAGUCGGCAUCUGGCGGCGGUGGGAUAGUUACGGACAGGAAGAUAAAACUCCAGCCGAUAGUUUGACAGCAACUACCAACGAUACCGGUACCGACAGUCCAGACCGCGAAGAAGACGAAGAAGAAUGGCGAUUCGCAGUCCUGCUCGACGGCCACGACAGUGAAGUCAAGUCGGUAUCAUGGUCUGCAUCGGGGAUGCUGCUUGCGACAUGCUCGCGUGACAAGUCAAUUUGGAUCUGGGAGGAUCUUGAUGACGGCGAUAACAACUUCGAGACCGUUGCUGUGAUGCAGGAGCACGGAGGCGAUGUGAAGUGUGUUUCAUGGCAUCCUUCCGAAGAGUGCCUCGCCAGCGCGAGCUACGACGAUACUAUCCGGUUAUGGCGGGAGGAUCUAGAUGAUUGGGGCCAGGUAGCAUGUAUCAAAGGACAUGAGGGGACAGUUUGGUUUAUAGAUUGGGAAGGGGAAGAAUCAGAGAACUGGAACGGGCCAACCUCCGAUUCCGAUUCCAUAUCUGAGUCUGACCUGAGCGCUUUACAGGCUCAAUGGCGUUCUCAGACAGCUCUCUCUGGUCCACGCCUUAUAUCCUGCUCGGACGACCGCACCGUCCGCGUGUGGCGGCGUCAGCCCAAGGAAUCGCAGCAGAACGGGGCACUAUCUUCUGCGACGACGGGAAUUCCGAGUAUCAUCCGACCGACUGGGACGGAUGAGGUUUGGGAGGAGGAUGCUGUACUUCCACAUGCGCAUGAACUGCCUGUUUAUGCUGUUGCGUGGAGUAAGCGGACUGGGCUUGUUGCUUCAACUGGUGCGGAUGGACGGAUUGCGCUUUAUGAAGAGCAGUUUGUCACGCGAGAGCAGGAGCAGCAGGGUGAUUCAGAUGCUAUGGACACUACGUCGGCCGAUGUGCUACGGACGAAGUGGGUGCUUGUUGGUGUUCAAAAUGGGGCUCAUGGAAUCUAUGAGGUCAAUCAUGUUGCUUGGGCUAAGAGGGCAGAUCGGGGGUCUGGAGGUGAGGAGGUGCUUGUUUCAACGGCCGAUGAUGGAAGUGUCAAGGUUUGGACUGUGACACGGUGA